UAUCUGGAUGCUCUUCAGCAAGAAGUCACAAACGAGGUCUGUGCAGGUAUUGUGAGGCUCCAGAUCCAGACUGGGCCUCUCACACUUUAGGAGUCUUCAUCUGCCUCAGUUGUUCAGGAAUCCAUCGCAACAUCCCACAUAUCAGCAAAGUGAAAUCGGUCCGUUUGGAUGAGUGGGACAAUGCGCAGGUUGAGUUCAUGGCUUCCGCUGGAAACAAUGUAAUGAAGGCAAAGUAUGAAUCAAAAAUCCCACCGUUUUAUUACAAGCCCACUUUUUCCGACUGCCUGCUGCUACGAGAACAGUGGAUCAGAGCCAAGUACGAAAGGAAGGAAUUCAUUUAUAUUGAGAAGCAAGAGCCUUACUCUGCAGGGUACCGGGAAGGAUUCCUUUGGAAGAGAGGCCGUGACAAUGGACAAUUCUUGACCCGUAAAUUUGUCCUUUCGGAACGAGAAGGCGCCUUGAAGUAUUACAACAAAAAUGACGCAAAAGAACCCAAAGCCAUUAUGAAGAUUGAGCACCUAAAUGCCACUUUCCAGCCUGCAAAAAUUGGGAACCCGCAUGGACUGCAGAUCACGUACUUGAAAGACAACAGCACCCGGAACAUCUUUGUUUACCAUGAAGAUGGCAAGGAAAUGGUGGACUGGUUCAACGCCAUCCGAGCCGCCCGCUUCCAUUACUUACAAGUUGCAUUCCCCGGAGCAAGCAAUGCUGAUCUGGUGCCCAAGCUUUCUAGGAACUACCUGAAGGAAGGUUACAUGGAAAAAACAGGGCCAAAGCAAACCGAAGGCUUCAAGAAGCGUUGGUUCACCAUGGAUGAUCGGCGGCUAAUGUAUUUCAAAGAUCCCUUGGAUGCCUUUGCCAGGGGGGAAGUGUUUAUCGGAAGCAAAGAAAACAGCUACAAGGUCUUAGAGGGACUUCCGCCUUCCAUCCAGGGUAACCACUGGCAGCACGGAAUAACCAUUGUGACCCCAGAUCGGAAGUUCCUUUUCGCCUGUGAAACGGAAAGCGAUCAACUGGAGUGGAUUGCAGCUUUUCAGAAAGUGAUCAGUCGGCCGAUGCUACCGCAGGAAUAUGCAGUGGAAGCCCAUUUCAAACAUAAACCAUAAUAGAUAAAGCUGAGGCUGGACAAAGCUGAGAAAGGAGAAUCUGUUUACAACCCACAAUGACACUGUUUGUCCUUUGUAACCUUACCAGUGACAAAAUACCAUUGGACUACAAGAUUGGAGGUGCUAACAACCAAGGCAAUGCCAAGCCAAAGCAGACAUUUUUAAAACGCUGCAUUUCUUAAAUCGGAAAUGAUUCAGAUCUUAAUAGCCUGGGAUGUCUGAGACGUUUCCCUUGGGAACAUUGUCCUUUGAAUGUGGCUCCUGCGUGUGACUUGCUCCAUUAGGUAAGGCAUUUUCCUGGCGGCUGAGCAUGCCGUUGGUUCAGAAGAGUCUCCUGCAGAGUUCUCUCUACUUUCAUCUUCCAUACCUGGACUUGUAAGGAUAGCGCUCUUUUGUCUGGAACACGUUCCUUUAAAGAGUUCAAUCAUCUUCAGCCACCAAGAUGGUAUUCUCAGAGAAUAGCAGCCAUUAUCUUGACAGUAUCUCAGAAACACCCAUGGAGAAAGGUCAUUCAUUUGGAAUAAACCAUUCUCUGUGUGACUAGAAAGAACCAUUGCGAAGCUGAAAAGGUGUCAGGCACGAUGCUCAAAUUUUGACAAAUGACAACUACCAUUUUGCUGUCAUAUUCUGUCAGGGCAACAUGUUAAUAGAAGUGCUUUACCAGCCAUUUAUGCUUACUCUUUUGGGCAGUUUGCCUCUUGUCUGCUAGAAGAGAUUACCUUGGUUCAUGGGUGUUUGGGCACUCAGAUGCGUUGGAGUCAGAUUUAUGAGCUUAGGGGAGUUUUGGGCCGUAAAGCAAGUUUUCAUGUCUUAUUGGCAAGUCUCCUAAGGUCCUCCCAUAACCCAGCCAAACUGUUUGCAGGUGGGAAGGUGGAAAAGGAGAGGACAGCAAAACGGGGGUAGAGGAUGGUGCAAAUUUAUCACUUGCGCUCACAAAGCUGUAACUGGAAGGCUUUUUAAAAAACCACACAUCAUGUUCUAUCAUGAUAUUACAGUACAUUGCCUUAAAGCAAAUUCAGAGUGAAGGCCACACUUUCUGCCCUUGUUCAGAAUACUUCAUGGGUAAAAAUAAAAACCAAUGACUGUUUUGGACAACAAGUUCCAGAACCGCCCUCACAACUUACCCAAUGAUUGUAAUGGCUGGGAGAUUUUGGGAUCUAAAGUCUAAAGUGUCUCCCAAAAGGUGAUCACUUUUUAAAUAAAAGGUAUGUACCAGUGCUUCGGACUUCUAGGAAUGCAGCUGAUGUUGCAACCAGAAGGUUCACACAUGAGAAAUGGUGAUAGCGGGGUAAAGCAAAGGGAGGACAUUUUUGUGAAAGUCUCUCUCUCAGCCAUGUAUGGCGGCCUAUCAGAAUCUCUAUUAAAAACCAUUCUUGUUGUCUCUCCGGAGAUUGCCAAAACAGGAAAACCCGAGAAGCCAAAAUAAGGGGCUGGAUUUUGUUUUAAACAAGAUAAGAGGAUGGGCAGGGCUGUUUUAAAAGGCUGUGAUGGGGCCUUCCUAGCCAGGCACAAUAACAUUGUUACCAGUGACAAUAACAUUAAUAUUAAUCAAUCAUAAAAACACUUCCAAAACUGAACAUUGUAAAAAUGGAAAAUAUUCUGAAUGUGUUAAGAAGCCACCCAUUGGCUUUCUGGAAAGAACCAGCAGGUGGGAGCUUAAGUGAAAAAUCAUCAGACUGUUGUGCUAGGUUUGCCCCGUCCCCAAACAAAAAAAUCCACUGUGAAGGGAUUUGUUGAUUCUGCUGCUAUUUCAGUACCAGCACAAAACAAAAAGAUCCAUGGUGAGAUGAAAGGGAGCAAGUCUUAAUUCUUCCUCUCUCCACAUGCUGCAUUGCACAUGAUCUUCAGGAAAUAUGAUUAAACAUUCCUGCCUGUCCCUCAUAUAGUAAGGCAUACACUCACCGCUGCUUCUAGCUGUAGCCACAUUUAUCUGUUCUAUUGAGACUACCAGUUUCAGUCAAGCAGAAUGGUUGCCAGGCUUCACCUUUGACUGACGUUGAGCUUCUUCUGCCGACUGGUUCAUCCUUUGCCUUUCUCUCUUCUCUACAAAUAAUGUGGAUGCUCUCUGGCAUCUCCAGUUUUGAGCUUCAUGAGAUGUUUUACAAGUUUGGGACAAGAGGACAUUCCUAAAGGGGCAAUGACGAUAUUAGUAUUGUAUCAAAUGGACCCUUGAUGGACCCUGAAAUGUUUGCUCACAAUGAAGGGAAAGCUGGGGAGAACCGUCUAGCUAAAGUGUCCAUAAAUGCAUUUCUUUCUUAAGACAUUGUUUUGUAAGAUAAAUUCCCUCUGGCCUGUUGUAUACAUUUGUUAAGUCGCUGGUAAUCCAAUUGUGGUACUAAAUGUCAUCUGCACCAAUAAAUUAUUAUUCUGACAACCCA